AUGGCCCCGCCAACUCCCCUCGCAAUCGCCACCUCAUCUACCCGGCGCCUCGUCAAGGAAGAAGCCUCCUACCACAAAGAACUACAAAGCCAAGAGGCGCGUCUUGCGAAGCUAGAAGCUGACAAGGAUGAAGAUGAGAAUGCCGAGUACCAGUUGAAGCAGGAGCGCAGAGCAAUAGAAGAGACUCGUGCCGUAUUUCCCCCCCUUCGGAUACGCAUCACCGAUGCGCUGCAUAAGCUAGAGGAUCUGUUGGAAGGCGCGCAGGGAAAUGGGGUGGGUGAGGAGGAAGUGAGGGCUGCGAAGGAAACCAUACAGCAGGCGAAAGACGCGUUGAGUCAGAAGUAA